CAAUUGUUUUGAGGUGUUAAGACGUCAAUUGAUAAUUUACCAAUUUUACCGUAACACAACCCAUUUAUCCACACAACCACUUUACCAACAUACUUCGAUUCGAUUUAACAAUAUUUAGCACGGCAAGUAGAAGCAAAAAUUUGAACGACUAAAGGCUGUAUCAGCACCCUGGUCAAACCAUGGAGGAACCGAAAAUGGCAAAUACAGCGGAGCUGCCCACCACAUCAACCGGUGCAUCAUCGUCCUCAUCCUCUUUGCCCGACAACGUGAGCUACGACAAGAUCGCCUGGACUCGGGAUAUCACAGAGCCCUUGGUUGAGGAGUCCUCUACAAGUCAAUUGCGCCCACUGGGUACCUCGAGUUCAGCUGAUUCGAUCGCAUCAGAAGCGAAUACAUCCAACACAUCGUAUUCCUUUACUGGGGACUACCUCUCUGGUGGCAAUAAGGCCGAUCUGAAGGGUGGCUAUCCAUCCGUCGGCACCGAAAGUGACUCCAAAUCCAAUGAAAAGGAGAAGGAGAAGGAACAGACUUCAGACGAAUCGCUUUACGAGUGUAACAUAUGCCUGGACACCGCCAAAGAUGCUGUGGUCAGCAUGUGCGGCCAUCUCUUCUGCUGGCCGUGUCUGCAUCAGUGGCUCUUGACGCGCCCCAAUCGCAAGCUCUGUCCCGUUUGCAAGGCUGCCGUUGAUAAGGAUAAGGUUAUACCGCUGUACGGAAGAAAUAGUACACACCAGGAAGAUCCUCGUAACAAAGUUCCACCACGCCCCGCUGGUCACCGUACAGAACCAGAUCCUGUUCCCGGGUUCCCUGGAUUCGGUUUCGGCGACGGUUUUCACAUGUCCUUCGGCAUUGGAGCUUUUCCUUUCGGAUUCAUAACAUCUUCGCUCAACUUUGGCGAACCACGUCCGGCUGCUGCUAAUCGGGGAACAACGCAAUACGAGAACGAGCAGACCCUUUCAAAGCUGUUUUUGUAUCUGGCCAUCGUGUGCAUAAGUUGGCUGUUCUUUGGAUAGCAAACUGCGAACGCAUAAAGACAUCACUCCGAUAACAAGAACCUAUAUUCAAAUGUGUAUGGAAAGCGUCCGAAGUAAUCUUAUAGCAGUAUCCUCCAGUUAAAACAACAAUAUUCUUAAACACGUUGGGUAAUAGUCGUUGGUGUGAUUAAUUAAUAUAAAUUGUAAGCAUUCGGUUAAAACUGUAAUUUGAGAAUUUGCUAAAAAAAAAGUGGAUUGGAUCCCAAGCUAUUUCAAAAAGUCCGCAA